AUGGGUGUAGUGAAGGCUGUUUUGUGCACUGUGUUUUUUCUUCUCAUGGCUAUUUGCAGUGGUGAUGGAGGCAAUGUCGAUGUCCACGCAGCAAGACAUCUCCUUGAUCAGGGCCACACUUAUCUUGAUGUCAGGACUGAAGAAGAAUUCGAGAAUGGACAUGUGAGGAACGCCAUCAACAUUCCUUACAAGAUAAUUACGUCGGAAGGUAUGGUGAAUAACCCCAAAUUUCUGGAUCAAGUUCGGUCGCAUUUUGAUAAGGAAGAUCAUCUCGUUUUGGGUUGCAAAAGUGGAGUCAGAUCCUUGUAUGCAACAAUUGAUCUUCUUACUGCAGAGUUCAAACAUGUGUAUAAUAUGGAAGGAGGAUAUGUAGCUUGGGUUGAAAAUGGAUAUGCGGUCUAG